UGCUGGUUCAUGAGCACGCGGAGGCCGUUCACUCUGACGCGCAGCUCAGGCGCUCCAAUACACUUCCGACAACACGGAAGAUGUGACGUUGCACUGCUGAAUAGAUGAACUGAAACUCUUAUGCUGGAGGAUUGACACUUGAGUCUUUGCAAAACUUCAUACGGAUCGUACACUGGUUUACAAAGUUUGCAAAUUUUACAAUGGCCGGUUCAAGCGUGGACCCGACAACACUGUGCCUGUUUGAUGUGGACGGGACUUUAACAGCAGCUCGCCAGAAAGCAACUCCUGACAUGCAUCAGUUCUUGAUUGAACUGAGACGGCGAGUGAGAGUCGGGGUGGUCGGAGGAUCAGACUUGGACAAAAUUAAAGAGCAGUUGGGUGAUGAUGUGAUUGAUAGAGUGGAUUAUGUAUUUGCUGAGAACGGUUUGGUAGCAUACCGGUUUGGGCAGCUGCACUCUAUACAGAAUAUUCAGGCAUACAUGGGAGAGGAGGUUUUACAGGAUUUCAUCAAUUUCUGCCUCAAUUACCUUUCAAAGAUAAAACUGCCCAAAAAAAGAGGCACAUUUAUUGAAUUCCGUACUGGAAUGCUGAAUGUCUCUCCAAUUGGUCGAAGCUGCAGCCAAGAGGAAAGAAUCGAAUUUUUUGAACUUGAUAAGAAGGAGAAAAUUAGAGAAAAGUUUGUCUCCGUUUUAAAAGAAGAGUUUGCUGGGAAAGGACUAGCUUUCUCCAUUGGUGGGCAGAUCAGCUUUGAUGUGUUUCCAGAAGGCUGGGAUAAGCGCUACUGUCUGGGAAUUGUAGAGAAAGACUCAUACCAGCGCAUCCAUUUCUUUGGAGACAAAACUAUGCCUGGGGGAAACGAUUAUGAAAUCUUUGUAGACCCCAGAACAAUCGGUCAUGAGGUCAAGUCACCUGAGGACACAGUGAGGAUCUGCAAGGAGCUCUCCUUCAACUGAAAGACCUCUGCCAUCUAGAAUGAAGUACAGUAGAAGACUACAACGUCCAUGAACUGUGAAAUUAUGAAUAGGAGUCUCACUUGACAUGUCUAAGCCAUUAUUGUCUUUGUGUAUUUCAAUGAUUGUACCUCAUGACAGGUACUGGAUAAACUUGGUACAUACAGUACAUCUGUACGUGCUCAUUGUAUAUGUAAUCUGAUGCAUUAUUUACAGGUUUAAGGAACUGACUGGUGCAGUGAUUAUGUCUGAACAUCUGUGCCUUCAGUCAUGUCAGUACUGGACAAUAUACACUUUAAACUCUUAUUUUUAUUAAACACUUUGGUCCAAAUGAAAAGACAGAUAUCAUUCAGUUAAGACAGGAUGGGUUUCAUAAAAUGUUACUGUACAUGUGUUAAGGAUUACUGUUUUUUUUUAUCAGGAGCAAAAGUGAUUAAUAAAGAUAGGUGUGGGCUGGACUAACUUCUUAACUAAAAUUAAUGGUGAAGGUGCAACAAUUUAAGUCUCAUUUUCAUAAGAGGAAUUUAAAAAGACAUCAGGACAAAGGGCUUUAUUAACUUAGAAUUGAUCGAUUUUUGCUCAAAUUAAACUGACUUAAUAGUUAAUUUCCUGACAACAACCAAUAGUUCUUGGUUGGAAGUGUUGUUAAUCUGCUUGCUUAAGUAAAAUAAGUGAAUGCAAACACUAUAAUAAACAGGAAAUAUAUUCUGUAUGGAUAUGAUAUUGGUGCGUAUAUUUCACAUGUAUGACUUCAACACCGUAAGAAAGAGUACUGUACAUAUUCUGAG